AAGAAGUUAAGAUUGAUUUGGAGCUCUCUCAGUCAUUAUCUCUCAAGCUUUUGCUUUGCUUCGAGCUUUGGAAAAGAUCACGAUCGCAAUUUGUGUGGGAUAGAGAUUUAGAUAUGGCUUGGCUAGCUAGAUCCAUUGCGAACUCACUCAAGAUCGAUGAGGACGACGACGAUGAUCAAAAGCAACGAGUUGUUGGUGAUGAGACCGGUUCGAGUCAAGCGCCAUCGUUAUCGAUAUCGGAUUCACAGUCUCCUCGAGGCGUUAAGGAAGACAUCACCGAACUAACCAAGACCUUGAGAAGCCAGUUUUGGGGAGUAGCUUCGUUCCUCUCCCAACCGUCUUCGUCUCCGGAUCUUCAGGAGAGAAAUCAGAGUCCAGAUCAUGCGAUUGGAGGUGGAGAUGAGGAUGAGGAUCUGAUUGCUGGGAUUAGGAACGAUUUCGCGGAGAUUGGUGGGAGAUUCAGGACUGGGAUUUCGAAGAUAUCUGGCAACUUACCUGUAUCUGAGUUCACAAAGAUGGCUUCGAAUUUUUUACAAUUGAGCUCAGAAGAUUCGGAUCCGAAAGAUUACGACGUAAUCGGAGUUACAGAGGAAUUAGUUGCGUUUGCCAAGGAUCUUGCGAUGCAUCCUGAGACUUGGUUGGAUUUUCCUUUAUCUGAUGAGGAAGAUGGCUUUUAUGACAUUGAAAUGGCCGAUGCUCAAUAUGAGCAUGCUUUGGCCGUGGAGAGGCUUGCACCGAGCUUGGCUUCUUUGAGAAUUGAGCUUUGCCCUGAAUAUAUGAGUGAGAAUUGCUUCUGGAGGAUUUACUUCCUACUCGUGCAUCCUAAACUCAGUAAAGACGAUGCUUUGCUUCUCUCUACUCCUCAGGUACUCGAAUCAAGAGCAAUGUUAUCCCACCAACUACAGAAAAGUAACAAAUUACCUAUGGAAGCAGGGAGUUCUGAAGCUAAUGCUGUCAUUGUGGAACCUUUUGCUGUACCUGAACUUUCACCUGUUGAAAUAGUUAGUACAAUCGAGUCAUCUGACUUUGAAACAGAGAAGCACCCUAUCGAAAGCCAGGAGAUACAAAUCGUUGACAAAUCUGUCAUUGAAGGCUUUGAAGCAUCAACUGCUUCUUCAUCUAGAGUUAUCAAUGUGCAAGUGGAUGACGAGGAAGAAGACGAUGCAGAUGAUUGGUUGAACGAUGAAGACACUUCAUCUGUUAGCGCCAUUGAAGGAAGAGCAAGCACAAAUCAUCCUAUUAUUGAAGACGAAGAAGAUGUAUCAUUCAGUGAUUUAGAGGAAGAUGAAGGAGACGUGAAGGUGAGUUACAAGAAAGUUACCAACUCUUGUUCUGAUUCUUCAAACAAAAAUUUGCCAGAUUGGAUUCAGCUAAAAGAGAAGAAAGAAUCAAAACCACUGGCUUGAUGUCCAUGAAAUGUAAUGUGAUCGUUAGUGACAUCAUCCAGUGUUCUUUUUUCUUAAUAUAUAACAUUAAUUCUUAAGUCUUCCAAAUAUGUGAUCCUA